UGGCCCCGUGAGGCCCUCCUCUCCGUGUCCCAGACCUUCUUCCAGAACGUGGAGUUUGGCAGUGAGGAGAUGAAGGAUCGUUUCAGUGAGAUGUGUGUGGAGAUCCACGUCAGUGUGACGGACAUGGCCGAGAGGUUCUACUCUGAGCUGAGACGACGCUAUUACACUACUCCUACCUCUUACCUGGAACUGAUUAACCUCUACCUGGCCAUGUUGGGAGAGAAGAGACAGCAACUAGUUGCUGUAAGAGAUCAAUAAUACUAAUGAUUAAUACUGUUUCAUAAUCAAUAACUAAUAUUAACCUCUACCUGGCCAUGUUGGGAGAGAAGAGACAGCAACUAGUGGCUGUCAGAGACAGAUCUAUAAUACUGAUUAGCAAUAGAAAAUACAGCGGCUGUGAGACAUCCAUGAUAUACUAUAUAUACAAAAGUAUGUGGACACCCCUUCAAAUGAGUGGAUUCAGCUAUUUCAGCCAAACACGUUGCUGACAGGUGUAUAAAAUUGAGCACACAGCCAUGCAAUCUCCAUAUACAAACAUUGGCAGUUGAAUGGCCUUACUGAAGAGCUCAGUGACUUUCAACGUGGCACCGUCAUAGGAUGCCACCUUUCCAACAAGUCAGUUUGUCAGAUUUCUGCCCUGCUAGAGCUGCCCCGGUCAACUGUAAGUGAUGUUAUUGUGAAGUGGAAACGUCUAGGAGCAACAACGGCUCAGCCGCAAAGUGAUAUGCCACACAAGCUCACAGAACGGGAUCGCCGAGUGCUGAAGCGCAUAGCGCUGCCUCUGUGGCAACACUCACUACUGAGUUCUAAACUGCCUCUGGAAGCAACGUCAGCACAAGAACUGUUCUUCCGGAGCUUCAUUAAAUGGGUUUCCAUGGCCGAGCAGCCGCACACAAGUCUAAGAUCACCAUGCGCAAUGCCAAGUGUCGCCUGGAGUGGUGUAAAGCUCGCCGCCAUUGGACUCUAGAGCAGUGGAAACCCGCUCUCUGGAGUGAUGAAUCACGCUUUACCGUCUGGCAGUCUGACUGAUGCCAGGAGAACGCUACAAGCUACCUGCCCCAAUGCAUAGUGCCAACUGUAAAGUUUGGUGGAGGAGGAAUAAUGGUCUGGGGCUGUUUUUCAUGGUUCGGGCUAGGCCCCUUAGUUCCAGUGAAGGGAAAUCUUAACGCUAUAGCAUACAAUGACAUUCUAGACGAUUCUGUGCUUCCAGCUUUGUGGCAACAAGUUUGGGGAAGGCCCUUUCCUGUUUCAGCAUGACAAUGCCCCCGUGCACAAAGCGAGGUCCAAACAGAAAUGGUUUGUCGAGAUUGGUGUGGAAGAACUUGACUGGCCUGCACAGAGCCCUGACCUCAACUCCAUCGAACACCUUUGGGAUGAAUUGGAACGCUGACUGCAAGCCAGGCCUAAUCGCCCAACAUCAGUGCCAGACCUCACUAAUGCUCUUGUGUCUGAAUGGAAGCAAGUCCCCGCAGCAAUGUUCCAACAUUAGUGGAAAGCCUUCCCAGAAGAGUGGAGGCUGUUAUAGCAGCAAAGGGGGGACCAACUCCAUAUUAAUGCCCAGGAUUUUGGAAUGAGAUUUUUGACGAGCAGGUGUUCACGUACUUUUGGUCAUGUAGUGUAUUUGUUGUUUAAUGAUAUCAAUACUCCAGUUUAGCACACUGUGGUUUCUUUGAAAAGUGGCUAUUUCUCUGAAUGGGCAUCAAUUCUAUUCUCCAGUCAAUCCAAUAAAUUGUGUGUUUGUGUGUGUGUAUAUUCCAAUCCCUGUGUGUAGGCUCGUGACAGGGUAAAGAACGGUCUGACUAAGCUGUUGGAGACCAACGUGUUGGUGGAUAAGAUGAAGAUAGACCUGUCAGCCCUGGAGCCUGUCCUCAAACAGAAGUCUAUAGACGUCAACGCCCUCAUGGGGAAACUGGCUGUUGACCAGGAGAGCGCAGACAAGGUGGGUAUAGGGUGGUGCUAGGGAAACUAGCUGUUGACCAGGAGAGCGCAGACAAGGUGGGUAUAGGGUGGCGCUAGGGAAACUAGCUGUUGACCAGGAGAGCGCCGACAAGGUACGAGUCUCUGUGGGGGUGGGAAGGGUGUUUUUCUAGGUGAAUGUGUGUGGGUCUAGGAGGAGUGUGUGUCUAGGGGGAGUGUGUGGGUCUAGGGGGAGUGUGUGGGUCUAGGGGGAGUGUGUGGGUCUAGGGGGAGUGUGUGUGUUUAGGGGGAGUGUGUGUGUCUAGGGGGAGUGUGUGUCUUGGAGGAGUGUGUGUGUCUAGGGGGAGUGUGUGGGUCUAGGGGGAGUGUGUGGGUCUAGGGGGAGUGUGUGGUUCUAGGGGGAGUGUGUGUCUAGGAGGAGUGUGUGGGUCUAGGAGGAGUGUAUGGGUCUAGGGGGAGUGUGUGGUUCUAGGGGGAGUGUGUGGUUCUAGGGGGAGUGUGUGGUUCUAGGGGGAGUGUGUGGGUCUAGGGGGAGUGUGUGGUUCUAGGGGGAGUGUGUGGGUCUAGGGGGAGUGUGUGGGUCUAGGGGGAGUGUGUGGUUCUAGGGGGAGUGUGUGGUUUUAGGGGGAGUGUGUGGGUCUAGGGGGAGUGUGGGUCUAGGUGGAGUGUGUGUGUUUAGGGGGAGUGUGUGGGUCUAGGGGGAGUGUGUGUGUCUAGGGGGAGUGUGUGGGUCUAGGGGGAGUGUGUGGGUCUAGGGGGAGUGUGUGGGUCUAGGGGGAGUGUGUGGGUCUAGGGGGAGUGUGUGGGUCUAGGGGGAGUGUGUGUGUUUAGGGGGAGUGUGUGGGUCUAGGGGGAGUGUGUGGGUCUAGGGGGGAGUGGGUGGGUCUAGGGGGAGUGUGUGGGUCUAGGGGGAGUGUGUGGGUCUAGGGGGAGUGUGGGUCUAGGGGGAGAGUGUGGGUCUAGGGGGAGUGUGUGUCUAGGAGGAGUGUGUGGGUCUAGGGAGAGUGUGGGUGUUUAGGGGGAGUGUGUGGGUCUAGGGAGAGUGUGUGUGUCUAGGGGGAGUGUGUGUGUGUUUAGGGGGAGUGUGUGGGUCUAGGGGGAGUGUGGGUCUAGGGGGAGUGUGUGGGUCUAGGGGGAGUGUGUGGGUCUAGGGGGAGUGUGUGUGUCUAGGAGGAGUGUGUGUGUCUAGGGGGAGUGUGUGGGUCUAGGGGGAGUGUGGGUCUAGGGGGAGUGUGUGGGUCUAGGGGGAGUUUGUGGGUCUAGGGGGAGUGUGGGUCUAGGGGGAGUGUGUGGGUCUAGGGGGAGUGUGUGGGUCUAGGGGGAGUGUGUGGGUCUAGGGGGAGUGUGUGGUUCUAGGGGGAGUGUGUGGUUUUAGGGGGAGUGUGUGGGUCUAGGGGGAGUGUGGGUCUAGGUGGAGUGUGUGUGUUUAGGGGGAGUGUGUGGGUCUAGGGGGAGUGUGUGUGUCUAGGGGAGUGUGUGGGUCUAGGGGGAGUGUGUGGGUCUAGGGGGAGUGUGUGGGUCUAGGGGGAGUGUGUGUGUCUAGGGGAGUGUGUGUGUUUAGGGGGAGUGUGUGGGUCUAGGGGGAGUGUGUGGGUCUAGGGGGAGUGGGUGGGUCUAGGGGGAGUGUGUGGGUCUAGGGGGAGUGUGUGGGUCUAGGGGGAGUGUGGGUCUAGGGGGAGAGUGUGGGUCUAGGGGGAGUGUGUGUCUAGGAGGAGUGUGUGGGUCUAGGGAGAGUGUGGGUGUUUAGGGGAGUGUGUGGGUCUAGGGAGAGUGUGUGUCUAGGGGGAGUGUGUGUGUGUUUAGGGGGAGUGUGUGGGUCUAGGGGGAGUGUGUGGGUCUAGGGGGAGUGUGUGGGUCUAGGGGGAGUGUGGGUCUAGGGGGAGUGUGUGUGUCUAGGAGGAGUGUGUGUGUCUAGGGGGAGUGUGUGGGUCUAGGGGGAGUGUGGGUCUAGGGGGAGUGUGUGGGUCUAGGGGGAGUGUGUGGGUCUAGGGGGAGUGUGUGGGUCUAGGGGGAGUGUGUGGGUCUAGGGGGAGUGUGUGGGUCUAGGGGGAGUGUGUGGGUCUAGGGGGAGUGUGUGGGUCUAAGGGGAAUGUAUAUUAGUGUGUUGGUGUUUUGUCUUCAUGUACACACCUAUUCAAGUGUACUGCUUCUAUGUCUGUCUGUCUGUCUCUGUGUGUGUGUCCAGGUGCGUAAAGUGGUGAAGGAGGAUGAGGCCUUAGCCAAGGUGAAGGCUGAGGACACCCAGGCCAUAGCAGCCGAUGCCCAGAGGGAUCUAGACGAGGCUCUGCCCGCUCUGGAAGGUGCCAACAAGGCCCUGGACUCGCUGGACAAGGCAGACAUCUCAGAAAUCAGGGUCUUCACCAAACCACCCGACAUGGUCAUGACCGUCAUGGAGGCUGUCUGCAUCCUGCUCGGCAGCAAGUCAGUCCCCUGACGACACUUAGUUAACGUGUUGACAACGUAUUGACAACAUUAUGAUUGAUGCAUCUCAGCUGCAUGUCAGUCAGCUAGCGAUGCUUGGAUACAGAUUGAUAACGUAAUCAUUGAUGUGUCUCUGCAGCAAGUCAGUCCAUGAAGGGUUAACUAAUGCAUUAGCUAAUAGCGUAUUAUUCUUGGCUGCCAAUGUAUGGAUGGCUAACGUAGCAACAACUGAUACUACUGUACCAGUGACUCCCUAUGCACACACACUGGGAUGGAACUUGGGAUGAAAAUCUGUGCCGUGGAAUAUUUGAAAAGACACAAUGUAUCUAGCCGGCGGGCUAGUUGGGGACAUUUUCUACUAGCUGGACAGAACUAGCCUCGGGCUAGUGGGCUAAAUACAUUUCCAUCCCUGCAUACAAACCCUAUAGGUAAUAUGUUGUCAUUUGACCCGUAGACAGAAGAUAGCUGUAGGGCACAGUAUAGGAGACUGGCUGAGGUCAGUCGAUCAGUCAGGACUCUACUACUGCUCUGCUUGACAAGGAGGUAGUGAAGACUCGUGUCCUCUUGUCUCUGUCUGUCAGAUAGAAUAAUGUGUCAUCUGGAAUGGUGACUGGUGUUUUCUCUGCUGUUUCCUGUCUGUACUCAUAUCAUGCCUGUUAGCUAGUGUGAAUCAGUCGUGUGUUGUACCCGUGUCAGUGUUUUAGCGUGUCAGUGAGACUGUGUUUUGGUGUUUCUCCUCUGUACACACAUACACUGUAUUUCUCUCUCGUUCUCUCUCUAUCUCUAUCUCCUUACCUCAACUUUUUAUUUCUCUCUCCCUCUCCCCUCUCCAGACCAGACUGGUCCAGUGCCAAGCAGGUGCUAGGUGACUCCUACUUCCUCAGGAAGCUGAUGGAAUACGACAAGGAAAACAUGAAGCCCCAGAUCCUCCAGAAGGUCAGUUCACUAACUCUUUUAGACAUUGUUGCUUUUUAAAAAUCUUAUUCUAACCAUGUCUUCCUGUAUUGGCUUCAUUAUUUGCUUGUAUUUCUUUCACUGCGUUGUUUUACUGUAAAGGUGUGGUGCGAUUUUCAAUACAUUUGCAGAACCCCCCUCCCUCUGGUCCAAAGUAGUGCACUAUAUAGAGAAUAAGGUGUCAUUUGGGACACAAACUAAAUAAUGAUGAUUUUGAAUGUUGUUGUUUUUCUUUAGCUCCAGAAGUAUGUGAACAACCCGGACUUCGUCCCUGAGAAGGUGGAGAAGGUGUCCAAGGCCUGCAAGUCCAUGUGUAUGUGGGUCCGGGCCAUGGACCUCUACUCCAGAGUCCUGAAGGAGGUCGGACCCAAGAAAGAAAGACUGGCCGCCGCACAGGUCAGUGGCACACACGCACGCCAUCCGCCCACUGGGUCAUAUUGGAAGAGAAAACGUCAACAGGAAGUGCUGUGUCAGAUGUUCUUUACUAAGUACUGUAUUAGUUAUUUGUUUUCUAAUCCCACCCUUCUGGCUGCAGAUGGAGCUGAACGCUACCAUGGCAACCCUGAAGGAGAAGCAGGCCCAGCUACAGGAAGUACAGAACAAGAUUAAGAUCCUCCAGGACCAGUUUGACCAGAGCAUCGCAGAGAAGGAGGGUCUGGGUAAGAGUUAUAGAAGGAGGGUCUGGGUAAGAGUUAGAGAGGAGGAGGGUAAGAGUUAGAGAGGAGGAGGGUAAGAGUUAGAGAGGAGGAGGGUAAGAGUUAGAGAGGAGGAGGGUAAGAGUUAGAGGAGGAGGGUAAGAGUUAGAGAGGAGGGUAAGAGUUAGAGAGGAGGAGGGUCUGGGUAAGAGUUAGAGAGGAGGAGGGUAAGAGUUAGAGAGGAGGAGGGUCUGGGUAAGAGUUAGAGAGGAGGAGGGUAAGAGUUAGAGAGGAGGAGGGUAAGAGUUAGAGAGGAGGAGGGUAAGAGUUAGAGAGGAGGAGGGUCUGGGUAAGAGUUAUAGAGGAGGAGGGUAAGAGUUAGAGAGGAGGAUGGUAAGAGUUAGAGAGGAGGAGGGUAAGAGUUAUAGAGGAGGAGGGUAAGGACCUUCAAGGCCUCUUAAAUGUUUUCUCCCAGAGCCAUUGACAGACUGAGUUUGACAGAUUCUGGCACAUGAUUUCCAUCAUGUUGGCACUUAAAGUUCCCACAAUGUUUUCAAAGACAAACCCAAGUUCCAGGAACAUGUCAGGACUAAUCUACAGUGUGCCAAUCUGCUCUGUCUGCUGUCUGCUACAUGAACUCUCUCCCUCCCCCCUACCGUCUCCCUCACCCCCAGCUAAGACCAUGGCUCUGACCGAGGCGAGGCUGGGCCGGGCAGGGAAGCUGACAGCAGCUCUGGGGGAUGAGCAGGUUCGCUGGCAGGAGAGCAUCGAACUGUUCGAACAGGAGAUCCACAACGUGGUGGGAAACGUCUUCAUCGCUGCAGCCUGCGUCGCAUACUACGGAGCCUUUACAAUGCAUUAUAGACAACUGGUACAUACAGCCAGCUAAUUAUCACUAUAACCUACUACAGUAUGUAGCAUUAUAACCAUUCUAAACUACACAGCCUUCCCCUUGCACUGGAGACACCUGGUAUGUAUGGCCUCUAUAGAGAGUUUCUUCAUACACAUUUCUUAAUAUCUGUUAUAUACCUUUACUCUACUUUUGCACCCUGCGUCUGAAAAUUGCUGGAUGUUCUCCGUACACUAUUGAACCAAACCCAGUGAAGCCUGGCUGUUCCAGACAGUGUCUAUUCUCCCACCUCUCUCCCUCGGGCCAGACAGAGAGCCAGACCUUGGGUCAGACUCCCUGCCCACACUGGCACACUGUCCUAAUGGCCCUCACUCCCCUCAACCCACUGGGUCUGUCUGGCUGGCUGUCAAUACUACCACUGUCUCUGUACUGUCUGUCAAUACUACCACUGUCUCUGUACUGUCUGUCAAUACUACCACUGUCUCUGUGCUGUCUGUCAAUACUACCACUGUCUCUGUACUGUCUGUCAAUACUACCACUGUCUCUGUACUGUCAAUACUACCACUGUCUCUGUGCUGUCUGUCAAUACUACCACUGUCUCUGUACUGUCUGUCAAUACUACCACUGUCUCUGUAUUGUCUGUCAAUACUACAACUGUCUCUGUACUGUCAAUACUACCACUGUCUCUGUGCUGUCUGUCAAUACUACCACUGUCUCUGUAUUGUCUGUCAAUACUACCACUGUCUCUGUACUGUCAAUACUACCACUGUCUCUGUACUGUCUGUCAAUACUACCACUGUCUCUGUACUGUCUGUCAAUACUACCACUGUCUCUGUACUGUCUGCCAAUACUACCACUGUCUCUGUACUGUCUGUCAAUACUACCACUGUCUCUGUACUGUCUGUCAAUACUACCACUGUCUCUGUACUGUCUGUCAAUACUACCACUGUCUCUGUACUGUCUGUCAAUACUACCACUAUCCUGUCAAUACUACCACUGUCUCUGUACUGUCUGUCAAUACUACCACUGUCUCUGAACUGUCAAUACUACCACUGUCUCUGUGCUGUCUGUCAAUACUACCACUGUCUCUGUACUGUCUGUCAAUAUUACCACUGUCUCUGUAUUGUCUGUCAAUACUACCACUGUCUCUGUACUGUCAAUACUACCACUGUCUCUGUGCUGUCUGUCAAUACUACCACUGUCUCUGUACUGUCUCUCAAUACUACCACUGUCUCUGUACUAUCAAUACUACCAGUGUCUCUGUACUGUCUGUCAAUACUACCACUGUCUCUGUGAUGUCUGUCAAUACUACCACUGUCUCUGUACUGUCAAUACUACCACUGUCUCUGUGCUGUCUGUCAAUACUACCACUGUCUCUGUACUGUCUGUCAAUACUACCACUGUCUCUGUACUGUCUGUCAAUACUACCACUGUCUCUGUACUGGCUGUCAAUACUACCACUGUCUCUGUACUGUCUGUCAAUACUACCACAUUUACAUUACAUUUUACAUUUGUCAUUUAGCAGACGCUCUUAUCCAGAGCGACUUACAGUUAUAAAUUUUUUUUUUUCUCAUACUGGUCCCCCGUGGGAAUCGAACCCACAACCCUGGCGUUGCAAGCGCCAUGCUCUACCAACUGAGCUACACGGGACUACCACUGUCUGUCAAUACUACCACUGUCUAUGUACUGUCUAUCAAUACUACCACUGUCUCUGUACUGUCUGUCAGUACUACCACUGUCUCUGUGCUGUCUGUCAAUACUACCACUGUCUCUGUACUGUCUGUCAGUACUACCACUGUCUCUGUACUGUCUGUCAAUACUACCACUGUCUCUGUUAUGGCAGAUGGUUAUGGAGUCAGAUGACUUGGGAAUGUUCAUUCAUCCUGAAUUGACAAGGCUCUGAUUGUUGAUCAACGUGUGUGUGUGUGUGUGUGUGUGUGUCUCGUUUGUGUUUGUGUGUGUGUGUAUGUGUGUGUGUGUGUGUGUGUAUGUGUGUGUGUGUGUAGCUGAUAGACCAGUGGAUUGCGCGAUGCCAAGAGUUGGGCAUCCCCAUCAGCGCCAGCUUCAGCCUCAUCAACAUCCUGGGCAACCCCUAUGAGAUCCGCCUGUGGAACGCCGAGGGGUUGCCCCGAGACACCGUUUCCACUGAGAACGGAAUCCUGGUUACUCGGGGACACCGCUGGCCACUCAUGAUCGACCCUCAGGAUCAGGUGACCCAAUUAAUCAAUCUAUCAAUCAAUUAUAAGUAUUUUCUAUUCCUACACUUUUCAUCUCAUGUGGAUUCAAUCGAUUCAAUAUCCCAGGUACCUUAUUCCAGGUAUCUUAUACGUCGCAACAGGUAAUUUUCUCUAUUCUUGUAUUGGCUAUGAUGACCAGAGUUAUUUUUCUGUGGCUACAUCUGCUAAAAUAACAGUUAUAUUGAAAUGUGUGGGGCUUAAACCCUGACUCCCAUUCCCAGACCCCAGCCUGGAACAAACCCUGACUCCCAUUCCAAGACCCCAGCCUGGAACAAACCCUGACUCCCAUUCCCAGAUCCCAGCCUGGAACACACCAUGACUCCCAUUCCCAGACCCCAGCCUGGAACAAACCCUGACUCCCAUUCCCAGACCCCAGCCUGGAACAAACCCUGACUCCCAUUCCCAGACCCCAGCCUGGAACAAACCCUGACUCCCAUUCCCAGACCCCAGCCUGGAACAAACCCUGACUCCCAUUCCCAGACCCCAGCCUGGAACAAGGCAAGAGAGCCAUAGUGUUAUCACCAUGGAGACAACAGCCCUGACACACUAAGACUAUCCCCUUAUCACCACGGAGACAACAGCCCUGACACACUAAGACUAUCCCCUUAUCACCACGGAGACAACAGCCCUGACACACUAAGACUAUCCCCUUAUCACCAUGGAGACAACAGCCCUGACACACUAAGACUAUCCCCUUAUCACCACGGAGACAACAGCCCUGACACACUAAGACUAUCCCCUUAUCACCACGGAGACAACAGCCCUGACACACUAAGACUAUCCCCUUAUCACCACGGAGACAACAGCCCUGACACACUAAGACUAUCCCCUUAUCACCAUGGAGACAGCAGCCCUGACACACUAAGACUAUCCCCUUAUCACCAUGGAGACAACAGCCCUGACACACUAAGACUAUCCCCUUAUUACCACGGAGACAACAGCCCUGACACACUAAGACUAUCCCCUUAUCACCACGGAGACAACAGCCCUGACACACUAAGACUAUCCCCUUAUCACCAUGGAGACAACAGCCCUGACACACUAAGACUAUUCCCACUCUCUCUGUGUUGUAAUCACACACACACUCCAUGCGCUUGGCCACUCUGUAGUUUGACUCUUAGCUCCAGUCCCCUGACACCUCCUAUGUUGCUUCCUGUCAUCUUUUGUUUCUUCCUCCUCUCUUUCUUUGGGCGCGCUGCCCCAGGAAGCGGUCUGUUGACUGGUUUCUGUCUGCUAUACACAGGCCGUGAUGAGAUGGGGAGAGGCAGUGAGUUAAGCAGGCAGGGAGGCUUGCUGACAGCCUAGCAUUGGGACACUUCAUUGUUCUGCUGGCGCAGACCGUCUCAAACGCACACAAAUAGACACACACUCACACACACACGGCUGGUCUGUGGAGUGACUCAAAUGUAGUGCAUUUCUGUCUGUCAGUUUUCAUUCAUGUCGAUGAGAGUGGUUCAGACCUGCCGGGUUCAUGAAUCAUCAUAGACCAGGGGUGUCCAACUCAUUCCAUGGAGGGCCUAGUGUCUGCAGGUUCUAGUUGUUUCCUUUCCAUUAAGCCCUAGACAACCAGGUGAGGGGAGUUCCUUUUCUAAAUAGUGACCUUAAUUCAUCAAUCAAGUCCAAGGGAGGAGGGAAAACCUGCAGCCACUCGGCCCUCCGUGGAAUGAGUUGGACACCUGUGUCAUGGGCAAUAUAGUAGUCAUAGUGACUUCCUGGUAUGAGAGGGAUUUUCAUGACCCCUCAAUGGUGGUCACAUUAAUACUUUAAAGGGACAAUAUGUAAGUGUUCUGUCCCUUGUGGCGUUGAGAUGAUUUAGCUACACAAUCUCAACCAACCUGAAACAAAACAAACAAUCCCUCAUUAAAAAUGCUUUUUAUAACUGUGUCUGGUCCGUCUCCAGGCCAACCGUUGGAUCCGUUCCAAGGAGACCAAGAACGGUCUGAAGGUGAUCAAGCUGACUGACUCUGGUUUCCUGCGAACCCUGGAGAACGCCAUCCGCAUGGGCAUGCCCGUACUGCUGGAGGAGGUCAGUAUAUAUGGCAGCCAUUUUGGGUCUAGAGUUAGCAAAGAGACCUGAGUGAGUUGACUUGGAAUAGGACGAAUGAUUGUGUUAAGUGUCGACAUCAAGAAUGGUAAAACUGACCACCGUGACGUCCAUGUUGUGUCCUGGUUGUGUGUGAGUAGCUGAAGGAGACUGUGGACCCGGCUCUGGAGCCCAUCCUGCUGAAGCAGACGUUUGUGGCGGGCGGCCGCACCCUCAUCCGCCUCGGAGACUCCGACAUCGACUACAACAAGAAAUUCAGGUUCUACAUGACCACCAAGAUGGCCAAUCCCCACUACCUACCUGAG